AUGACCUUUGACUUGCAUUCCUCGGCCUCGGACGAUCCUUCGCCCCCGGGCGUCGAAACAGCCUACGUCUUGGAACGGUGUGAUGGCCGUCCGCCCUUCCUGGAUGCCUUUUCCAGCACCCACUCCGACCUCACCGACCUCGUCGCCCACGACCGCCACCUCCCGCCCUCGGGCACCCAGCGCCACAACUGGCAGCAUGGCCGCAGAAAGGCCCGCCUGACCGAACUGCGCGUCGCCAUGUGGCGAGACCGCUUCGGGGACGAGUACUACAACCACUCCUACAGCGACAAGACCCAGACGAGCGAAACGUACCUGGCCCGACACGGCGCCCUCGACGUCUGGCCGCGCAAGCUGCGCCCGCACCAGAUCCGCCUGCUGCAGCGGUGCAUCACGGCCGCGCCCCGGCGCUGGCACGAGAGCGGCCAGUUCCACGGCAUGUACAGCGGCCGCGGCCACGUCCGCGGCCAGCGCGAGUCGGUGCGCGACGCCUGCCUCAACGCAGCGUACGUCGACCAAGCACGCCCGGCGCGGUCGGCGCGGCGCACCAGCCACCGGCCACCCAGUCUCGAGCGGCAGGGCGCCUUCUGCGACGCCACGACGGCCAAGAGGCGCUUGUCGGAGAGCGACCGUGGUCGGGGUGGCGGCGGUCCGGACGACGACCUGUACCGUCUGGGUCUGCUGUACGACAGCGAACACGCGCGUGGUGCGGAUUUCGGGCUGGACUCGAUUGUGCACGACGCGCCGGUGUACUCCAUUUUCAUUUCGCAGGGUCGGUCGCGCGGUCGGGCCCGGGGCCGUUCGUGCGGGCCAGACGCGUUUCAUGAGAUCGCUGAGGCCGAGGCUGAGGCCGAGGCCGCGUUGGAUGAAUUUGGUGCCGGCCGUGAGCCGAGCACCGACCACGACGUCGACCCCACACUCCCCGAGCUUGGUCUCUCCUUGGCCAACCUGUCCGACGAUGCCGCGCUGGCUCGCUUCCUGCACGACGAGGAGAUGACUGCGUACCUGGCUGCCGUUCCAGAAGGGGAUGCCGAAGUUGCGUCCGACCUGCACGCGCUCCCUUCGACCUCGCCGAUGCGCGUCAUUUAUGAACUCGCUCCCGAGGUGGCGAUGGCGGCUGACACUGGUGUCUACGCAGAUUCCAGCUGCGACUCUGAUUCCGGCUCCGACGCCGGCGACUGGGUCGUGGACAUGGACACGCUCGAACCGAGCGUCUCUGAAUGUAUCGACGACGCCGACGCUGACAGCGACAGCGACAGCGAUCUUGAUGAGACCUGGCUGCUCCUCCGACCUUGA